AUGAAAUCUAUAUACCCAGAUAAUUCUGCUAGUCAUGUGCACCUAAUGGGUUACCCAUAUCCAUAUGGGUUAGAUGCCAUCCAUCCACAUCCAUGUGGGUUGGAUCAGGGUCGACCCCCAUCCAACCCAAAGUGCGGAUUGGUUAAGCCUAGCAUGGUUAAGAUAGUAUUAAUUAAUAUUAUAUGCUAUGGGGUUAUAUAUCCUAUCUACUCUAGAGUACCUAUCACCUCUUUAUCCACUUACUUUUCUAAUUCUUAUGCACUAAGCAGUUAUAUUAUUAUUACUACUUAUUCUAAGCUAUAUACUGCGCCUAGCUGCUUCUGGGCUAGCAGUCCCUAA